CCCGGAACCCGAUAUUUUUUUCCCCGUCGCCCUCGUUGAGCCCGGCAGCAGUGACGCACUUGGCAACGGGGAUAGCAACCAUGAGGUCAAUUGAUCUCGCCAGCCGGUCAGGCGCGGCCCUGAAGAGGGCCUUCCACGCACAACAACUCCGCCGAGUCGCAGGCACACGACCAUACUCAAACGGACCCCUGCUACCCCCGACGUACGACAGGCUCUACAACAAGUACUCCGAGGUCCGCCGGGUGCUGGGCACACAGCGGCUAACGCUCGCCGAAAAGAUCCUGUACAGCCACUUGGACAAGGUCGAGGAGUCACUGCUCUCCGAGAACACCAACAAUGGCCGCGACGUCCGCGGCAACGCCAACCUCAAGCUACGGCCUGACCGUGUCAACAUGCAGGACGCCUCCGCCCAGAUGGCCCUGCUCCAGUUUAUGUCCUGCAACCUGCCUCAGACCGCCAUCCCCGCGAGCAUCCACUGCGACCACCUGAUCGUGGGCGAGCGCGGUGCCGAUGACGACCUGUCGGCGGGUAUUAAGAUGAACCAGGAGGUGUUUGACUUCCUCGAGUCGGCCGCCAAGAAAUACGGCAUCGACUUCUGGCCCCCGGGAGCCGGCAUCAUCCACCAGACCGUGCUCGAGAACUACGCUCUGCCUGGUCUGAUGAUGCUCGGAACCGACAGUCAUUCUCCCAACGCUGGUGGGCUCACUACCAUUACCAUUGGUGUGGGCGGUGCGGACGCUGUCGAGGCGCUCGUCGGUGCUCCUUGGGAGUUGAAGGCCCCCAAGAUCCUGGGUGUCAAGUUGACCGGCCAGCUGAACGACUGGGUAUCCCCCAAGGAUUUGAUUCUCCACCUCGCUGGGCUGCUCACCGUCCGCGGUGGUACCGGCUAUAUCGUUGAGUACUUUGGGCCCGGCGUCGACACGUUGAGCCUCACGGGCAUGGCGACAGCCUGCAACAUGGGAGCCGAGAUCGGUGCUACUACGUCCAUCUUCCCCUAUACGGAAGCCUCCAGCCGGUACUUGAAGUCGACCCGGAGGGAACAGGCCAGCAAAAAUGCCAACAUCUUCCAGAACUUCCGGGGCGCCGGUGCCGCUGCCGGUGAGGACGCCCACUUCAGGUUCAAGGCCGACGAGGGGGCAGAGUACGACCAGCUCAUCGAGAUCGACCUCUCCAAGCUUGAGCCCCACAUCAACGGCCCCUUCACCCCGGAUCUCGCCAUCCCGCUGUCCCUGUUCAAGAAGACGGUUCAGGAGGAGCAGUGGCCCGAGAAGCUGUCUGCUGGUUUGAUUGGCAGUUGCACCAACAGCUCGUAUGAGGACAUGACGCGCGUCGAGAGCAUCGUUCGCGAGGCGGAGAAGGCCGGCCUCAAGCCCAAGGCGGAUUUCUACAUCACCCCCGGCAGCGAGCAAAUCCGGGCAACCCUCGAGAGAGACGGCACGCUCGAGAACUUCACCAAGGCCGGUGGCAUCCUCCUCUCCAACGCCUGCGGGCCGUGUAUCGGCCAGUGGAAACGCGUCGACGGCGUGGAGAAGGGCACCCCCAACGCCAUCCUCACCUCGUACAACCGCAACUUCCGCGGACGCAACGACGGCAACCCCGACACCAUGAACUUCCUCGCCUCCCCCGAAAUCGUGACCGCCAUGGCCUACGCAGGGUCCACCACCUUCAACCCCAUGACCGACACCCUCACGACCCCCUCGGGCGCCGAGUUCCGCUUCCCGGCCCCGCGCGGCCUCGAGGGCCCUCUCACCCCCUUCGAGCAAGGCAAGGAAGCCUUCGCCGUCGCGUCGCAGCCGCCCAACCCGUCAGUCCCGGUCGCCAUCUCCCCCUCAUCCGAGCGGCUCGCCCUGCUCGAGCCGUUCGACCCCUUCCCAGACUCCGACCUGGAGGACGUGCGGGUGCUGGUCAAGGUGACGGGCAAGUGCACGACCGACACCAUCUCCGCCGCAGGGCCGUGGCUCAAGUACAAGGGCCACCUGGCCAACAUCAGCGCCAACACGCUCAACACGGCGGUCAACGCGGAGACGGGCGAGGUCAACGCGGCGUACGACUACGACGACGGCGCCGACGGCUCGCGCCACACCAUCCCCGGGCUCGCCCUGAAGUGGAAGCAGCGCGGCCGGCCCUGGCUCGUCGUCGCCGAGCACAACUACGGCGAGGGCUCCGCGCGCGAGCACGCCGCGCUCCAGCCCCGCUACCUCGGCGCCCGCAUCGUCCUCUGCAAGAGCUUCGCCCGCAUCCACGAGACCAACCUCAAGAAGCAGGGGGUCGUGCCGCUGACGUUUGCGGACCCGGCCGACUACGACCGUAUCGGCGCCGGCGAUGCCGUCGCGACGGUGGGGUUGUAUGAUAUGCUGAGGAAUGGCGGGCGCGGGGAGGUUAGUCUGAGGGUGACUAAGAAGGGGGGGGGUGGGGAGGUGUUUGAUGUGCCGGUGCGCCAUGCGGUGAGUGAGGACCAGGCUAAGUUUAUCUUGGCCGGGAGCGCGUUGAAUUUGUUGGCGAAGGGGGCGCUUUGAGUGGUGGGGGAGGGGUGAGUGGUGGUGAGUGAGUGAGUGGUGGUAUUUGUUGGCGUUGUGUGUGUUAGAUAAAGGCUAGACUAGGCUCGAGGCGGUAUACCCCGAAGUCACUGCCAUGGAUGGUGGAGGGGGGUUGGAAUAUAAAAAAGAG